AUGGGUUCAAUGACCUUGUACCAAACAUGGAAAGUACGUGCAGUAGACACUCGCAACAAUCCGUACCUCAACGGGCUCAAGCCAGACAUCAGCAUAUUCAAUCCCCAAAAUAUAUCUGAUGGCGCCUUUAUUCCAAUGUUUGUCCGAACAGUCCUAGAGUUGAAGCAACGAAAAAGCGAAACUUCGAACCUUGGCAACGAAGACAAGGGUCAGCUGAUCGACUACAUUCAGAUUCUCGCCCAACAACAACCAUUACGUCGAUUCUUCCCAAUUUCUCUGAUGCAUCUAACUUUUAUGUCAUGGUCUAUGAUAGGAAUAACGGGCAAUAUUCAGAAUAUUCAACUACGUUCACGGAAGGUUUUUCAAUAUCCUUGA